GUCAUUAAGCUAGAGGGAGGUAAGUGAAGGCUGGAUAGCAUAUGGCUCCUCUGUUCCCUUUCCCUUUUGCUCACUUCAUUUCUGAACAAAUCCCAGGAUGCCAUAUUGUGCAAUUCAGCCAUAUCUAUGUCUCACUCCCACUGGAUUUCUUUUCCAUUGAGUUGGACACAGUACUUCCCCAAAGCUUCUCUCUGCUCUACAGUCACACAAAUAGAAACCUCCUUAUUGAUUCUGGGAUAAUUUUUUUUUUUGAGCCAAAGUGGUCUAUUAAAAAGUUCCUGAGGGAGUUUCUCACCAUGUUUCCUUGCCAGCCAUCUUGUGAGGUUCCAGGUGGCUGGCUUUUGAGAAUGGAGGUUACUGUGUCUCCCUGCUCCACAGUGCUGGGGGCUACUGGUGUGACACUACCCUGUCAUUCAGCUCUGCUGAGGUUCCCUGCUGGCCUUCCUUACUUUCCUUUGGCUACUAUCCACUGUCCCAGCCCCUUGCUUGCUGUCUAUGAUCUCCCUCCAACUGUCACUCCAGGAGAGCAGCCAUCUCCUUGGGGUGGGGGGCAAGGCCAGAUGCUGGUUGUGGCAGCAGGUGAACAAGAUGUGCUCCCAGCUUGGGGUCUCCUCUUGGCUUCUCAUGGUGUCCUUGUUAUCAAUGAGCAGGUCCCCCAAGAACGGUCCUAUCCCUCAUCAGGAUAUCGCAAUCCACAAACUGAGGCCCCAGGUGAUUCUCCAUUCAGCAGUACUUCUCCCCACACAGUAUUCAUGCUUCACCAGAGAGCUGGUGCAGUUAAAGACCUCAGUGUCUUGGCAAGUUGCUCAUCUCCUGCAUGGCUUCCAAGGCUCCAGGGAUUGGCUCCAAGUCUAGGAAAAAGCCUUGGGCUUCAUACACACUGGCUGCUUUGUCUGCUGGGUCCAGCCACAGGUGCUCUCAACGUCAUCAUUCUGUGUCUGCCUGCCACAAGCCCUGACUGGAACAGCAUGAUUCUCCCUGAUGCAAGAUGAGGAGGAUAUGUGGAGAGAUUCGAUGACUUCCCCAGGGACAAGGCGGCUGCCCCAGGCCUUUUGUAUUCAACUAAAAAGCUUUUGUCACUCACCCAGACAGGAAAUAGCUAGAGAAUAAUGGAGUCACAGCCUAAAGUUGGGACGUGUGCCUAAGAUGCAGAUUUAUGCUUUCACCCAUGAUAAAGGAAUUCAGUAUGAGAGCCAGACCCUUGUGGGCCAGUGUUACCUCCUAUGCUUCAUAGAGAGGACAAAACAUGAACAUUUCAGUGCUCCUUUAAUAAGUGAAGUGGUUGUGGAAAUAUUUGCAAGGAGGAAACACCUUUUUAGUAGAGAAGUUUCUUUGGUUAGUUAACAGAACUUUUUCUUUCUUGGGUUAAAUGUAGUUGCUUCUAUUAUAUUCUGAAGCAUCUGGCUCUCCCGGUAGAGACAUGUGAGCACUGCCAUGGGCCUGGAAUGUCUCAAGAGGGUAAGAAUAGCCCACAAUGAGAGAUGACUCCUGCUGUCUUCUGGUCACUGCAGUUGUCAAGAACACUUUGCCUCAGAGGCAAACAGCUCAGGGCCAUCUCAGCUCGGAGACAGAAAAACCUACCUCCCAUUCCUGGGCUCAAAGCUUUCCGUUUUUAUCUGCAGCUCUCACCUUUAAGUCUUUUGUUGCAAAGAUACAUUUAUUCCUGCGAAGAUUUUCCACCUUUUCGGAGAGCACAGGCUUCCGAUGUCUCCAGCAACCUUGAGUCUGCGACACUCAGGAAACAUGGAACGUUUGGACCUGCUUGGAUUCCUUCUCAUCACCAUCAACUGCAACAUGACCAUUGUGGGGAAGCUCUGGCUUAUCUUCAUGCUGCUGCUGAGGAUGGCGGUGGUCGUCUUGGCAGGCUCCCCUGUCUACCAGGAUGAGCAGGAGAGGUUUGUGUGUAACACUCUGCAGCCGGGAUGCGCCAACGUCUGCUACGACAUCUUCUCCCCGGUGUCCCACCUGCGGUUCUGGCUGAUCCAGAGCGUGUCUGUCCUCCUCCCUUCUGCCGUUUUCAGUGUCUAUGUGCUGCACAGAGGGGCCUUGCUCGCCGCCCGCGGACUCUGCGGACCCGACGGCGGUCGCACCGGCCCUGAUCCCUCUGACACGAGCCCUGGGGACGGGCGCCGCCCUCCGCCCUGCAGGGAGCCGCGCCACCUGACCGUGCCGGACUUCUCCUCCGGCUACAUCGUCCACCUCUUUCUUCGGAUGCUGACCGAGGCAGCUUUCGGUGCCUCGCAUUACCUCCUCUUUGGAUUCUUGGUGCCCAAGAGCUUCUCUUGCACCCACUCUCCCUGCACCAGCGUGGUGGACUGUUACGUCUCCAGGCCCACGGAGAAGUCCAUUAUGAUGCUUUUCAUGUGGGCGGUCAGUGCGCUGUCCCUGCUGCUCAGCGGGGCCGACCUCGUGUGCAGCAUGCGGGGCAGGGCGAGCGGGGGCCGGAGCCCCGCCCGGGAUGCCCCUGGCCACGCCGCCCUCUGCCAGAGCCCGGGCGCUAGGCCGGGUCAGAUGGCCGGCAACGGGGGGUGGCUGGAGGAGGGGACGCCCAUCCACCCCAACCUGUGCACUGGCGGGGAGGCUGCCGACAGCCCCAGUGGCAAGUCGGCUGUGUCGGGUCGGAUGGGGCUUCCGGACGAGGACGAGAGCGAGGUGCUGUCCUCUGCCAGCGACAAGCCGGCCUCGGCUUGCAAGGAGCCUGGGGGUAGGCCGCACAGAGAGGCCCCCCAGGACCCCGGGGGCGAGGGUCCCACAAGGUCAGAGGAGCACCCCUCAGCGCCUCGGAGCCGCCUGGCCCGGCGCUACCCGUCCUGUCCUCUACAGCUCCCCGAUGGGCUGGCCAGCUCCAGAUCCAGAAAGUCUGAGUGGGUCUGAACAGGGAAAGCUGGGCGGCUCCGAGGUGCCCUGUCCGGUCCAAACGGAGACGCGCCCGCGAAGGUGCACACUCACUUUGGCCCGUGUGAAAGCUUACGGACCAGGUUCCCGGAGAACAUCAACAGGCAGAAGGCGAGCUGGCAUGGGACACAUGGACUUCAUGGGAGACUAAUGUCCUCGAGACACAGACUUAAUUUAGAUAACAAUUUCUCUUGACAAAAGCACUUGACUUUCGUGCUUUUGACAAUGUGACUGGAAGCUAAAAUGAUUAAUUGGAGAGUGUCAGGCGUGGGAUGA